GUGUGUGUGUGUGUGUGUGUGUGUGUGUGUGUGUGUGUGUGUGUGUGUGCGCGCGCGCGCGCUGCUUAAGUAGUUCAUCUCCUAGUGAAAAAUCCUAGUAAAAUGAAUGGAGGGAUUAAAGAAAGACGGAUAUCUUCACAAUCCGUGAAGACAAAUCAGGGAUUUUUUUGAACUUUGUUUGUUUGUGUAUUAUUUAUUUAUUUAUUUAUUUUUAAUUACCGGAGAUACCUGGUGAAGGAGAUCAAACACCAUGAACAGCGUCACGGAGCUUGAAGACGGACCGCAGCACAAGACUCAGAGGAGGAGCUGUAGUUACCUCCUGUGCACCAUCCUGCUCUUCAUUGCUGUGCUACUGGCUCUCACCGUAACAGGCACCAUUCUCUUAAUGAACCACUCCCAGGCAUCCUCAGGCCCUGAUGCUCCGCCUGUCAUCACUACCAAUCAAGACGAAGGCAACGCACUGGUGACGGUGGAGAGAGGAGAUGGCUCGCGCAUUAACAUCUUCAUCGAGCCUAACUGCCCCGACUACAACAGCAACUUCUUGCGACUGGAGGGGGUUCAGACGUCACUGCUGCACUCGCUCAGCCACCAUGACACAGACCUGAAGUCCGUUAAAGGACAGGAGCGAGGUCUUCUCGUCCAACUGGCCGAGGAGAUCGCUAAGCUGUCAGCCCACAUUAAUCAGCUGAAGGUGGAGUACAACGUGCUGAGGCAGGGCCAGAGCAGCAUCAGCCAGGAGAUCAGCAUGCUGCAGACCGAGCAGGCCAGGCUCAUCCAGCUGUUGUCAGAGACUCAGAUCAACAUGAUGAAGGUUGUAAACUCUCUGCACGACGUGCUUGACGCAGUGCAUAAGGACGCAGGCGGCGAGAGGGGGCUCCUGAAGGCGGAUCUGCUUCAGAAGGCUCCGGUUCGCAGCGGCGUCCGGCCCAGAGGAUGCGCCAGAGGAGACGGCUCCCAUCCCAGAGACUGCAGUGAUAUAUACGCCAGUGGACAGAGGGAAGAUGGGAUCUAUUCGGUGUUUCCUAUUCACUUCCCAUCAGGUUUCCAGGUUUACUGUGACAUGAGCACUGACGGAGGAGGCUGGACGGUGUUUCAGCGCAGAGAGGAUGGCUCUGUAAACUUCUACAGGGACUGGGCUGCAUAUCGUGAGGGCUUCGGGAAGAUCACAGGGGAACACUGGCUUGGUCUGAAGCGGAUUCAUGCUCUGACCAUCCAGGCUAAUUAUGAGUUGAGGAUUGACCUGGAGGACUUUGAGAACAGCACUUCCUUCGCGCAGUAUGGAUCCUUCGGCGUUGGAUUGUUCUCCGUUGACCCGGACGAGGACGGCUACCCGUUGAGCAUAGCGGACUACUCGGGAACCGCUGGUGACUCAUUGCUCAAACACAACGGCAUGAAGUUCACUACAAAGGACAAGGACAACGAUCACUCGGAGAACAACUGUGCAUCCUUCUACCACGGAGCCUGGUGGUACCGGAACUGCCACAUGUCCAACCUGAAUGGACAGUACCUACGAGGCCAGCACUCGUCUUACGCCGACGGCAUCGAGUGGUCCUCCUGGACGGGCUGGCAGUACUCGCUAAAAUUCACGGAGAUGAAAAUCAGGCCUAUAUGUGAGGAAAAUUAGUGAGUAAUGGACACAAAGAACACUGCUAAUGGAAAAAAAAGGUGAGCUGGACUCGGUGUUAGAGCCACUAACUAGACACAAAAGAAGUGUACAAUGAUGUGAUCUUUCUGAAAACUGUCUAGGAACCAUUAGCCUAGUAUGAACUGUUCUUCUCUCUGACAUCUCAACAGCACUAUAAAGGAAAGAGCACAAUUACGGAGACUUUUAUCAGUGGUGGAGUGGUGAUACUAUGCCCUUGUUCAUCAAGAGGAAUUACUCCUACUAAACCAGAACAAGGACAACAAGGUGACGGAAUCGUUGCAUCUAUGGAAAUGAUCAAGAGGAGAAAAAAGAAAAAAAAAAGAAAAAAAAAACAAAGUGAUUGAAGCUGUGCUCGAGUGCUACGGAGCGGAUUACGAUGAAUGUCCUUAAUAAUGGUUGACGGAGCACAGUGGACUCUUUGCAGUACAUUCUGGAAAGACUUUUAACACAAUAAUUAGCUUGUAAAUAGUUUAAGUGAUCCCCAGAGCUUGGCUUUGUUCACUUUGUAAAUUAACAUCUCUAUGUUCACUUCUCCAUACAGAAGGGAAAUGGUAGCCUUUUUCCACCAACAAUGUUUUGGUGCUGGUUUAGAAGCUGUUUUUGUUUUUUGUUUUUUUCACACCGACAGUUUGAAUAGAUGAAUUAGUAAUACAUCAUCCACAUUAAGCUCAUCAUGAACAUACUAGUUGUUAUUAAUGGUUCUUUGUUACAUUCAGAUCAGAAUCAGAUUCACCUUCAUUUAUUUACAAGGAAUCUGUCUUGGUGUAUUAGCGAAUAUUAAUGUGAAGCAAGGGAGCAUACGUAUAAAGAACCUAUGAGAAUAAACCUAAAAAAUUAACCUAAGAAGAAACUUGAAAAUUAAAAAUUAUAUUAGUGCUCACAGUUGGAGGUAGGAAGGUAAGAAGGUGCAGUAUGGCUGUCUGUGUCUGUUCUGUGCGUUAAUGUAACACAUAUGAACACAACAAAGGGGUUUAUAUGUUAAUGUCCAAAGAUGUGGAUAAGAGACUAUGGUGCGUCCUGGAUAUUGUCGAUGAGGCCAGUUGCUGAUGGAAAGACACUGAAAAGACAUCGUUAUUUAUAGCGACUUGUGUUUUUUUUAAUCUGAGGGUUAAGGGCCUUGCACAGGGGACCGGCAGUGGCAGCUUGGUAGACCUGGGAUUUGAAUUUCAAUUUAAAAAACAUUUUGAUUAAUAGGCCAGUGCAUUGACUACUAAGCUACUAAGCACUUGAAAGAUGUCGAAGGAUUUGAGGGUGGAUGUUAAGACAUUGUGCUGGGAUGCUAAGCAUUUUUGAUUUUUGGAAAUCGAUCCAAUUGGGCCCAGUGUCGGUGUUUUCAUUCACAGAACUCAGGAUACAGGAUAGAAGAGUUUAUUUAUUUAUUUAUUUAUUUAUUUAUUUAUUUAUUUAUUUAUUUAUUUAUUUAUUUAUUUUCAUUUGAGUUAUUUAGCUAGAAGCAAAGCUUUGAUUAUGAUUGGUUAAGCAAGGGGUAUGGUCACACACAGUGAGCAGAGAACAAGAGUAUGAUGAGUGGUUGGUUAAAGUGUAGUUAUAGACUGUGUUGGUGAAUGAGUGUGUGUGAUGACCUCGAGAGUGAGGGUCAAUGCAUCCUGAUCUGACUUUACCAUGAGCAGUCAGCAAAGUGGAAUAGUAUGUGUGUGCGGGUGUGCGUGUGUGUGUGUGUGUGUGUGUGUGUGUGUGUGCUAAAAUAUAGCCAAAUAUAAAUAUGAUAAUCAGACUGAAAGGUUGAUAAAUAUGAGUACUUUAUUUAUUUAUUUAUUUAUUUAUUUAUUUAUUUAUUUAUUUAUUUAUUUAUUUAUUUUAGAAAGCUUUCCAGAAGUUGAAAUGAACUAAAUUAGCAGAUGAGACUUGUGCUAAUUUUGUGCAUUCGUACCAAGGGGCAAUUUAGAGCAGCCAACAGACCUACAGACACCUGCAUGUGCCAGAAAAACAGAGAAAACAUACAGUAUGACUAGAACACUGGACAAUAGGACAAUAUCAGUAUCAGGGACAGUGUUAAGUCUUGGAUUCUUGGAUUCUGGAGAUGAAGUGAGGUAGGAAUACGACCCACUGUACCACUGUGCUGUCCACUACAUGUCACGCACACUGAAAAGAACAUACAGGAUAUACAUAUAUAUUUUUUUAAAACGAUAGUUUUGAUAAUGAACCCUGAUAGAUUAAACAAGUGCUCCCAGAAAUAUCUACUCAUUAUGUGACAGAAUUUGAUUAUGUAAUGGUUUUGCUGUUUAACCAGUGAGCCUAAAACAAUCAUAGCCGGAUCCCUCACACAGCACCGGAUCCAGCACCAGCUCCAGCAGUGUGUCGGUGGAAAAAGGGGUAUCGCUUGCUAACAUGUUUGUUUUUUGUCUACUCUGUCUACUUAAUGUCAAAAUUAAACAUUCCCAAUUGUACCAUUUGCUAGAGAUACAGUACUGCUGAUCAUGUCCAGGGAAAAAUCAGUUGCAAAGCACAAACACAGCUUAAGCUAACUGAUGCAUCGGGACUGGUAUGACCUUGAGAAUCACUAUGACUUCCCAAUGGUGAAAAUAUCAAUUCUACUAGUAAAAGUGACAUCUGCUGGGUUUUUUCAUGCUUUGUAUUGACACUGAAAGAAAUAUUAAGGCACGGUGUUGUGGGCAUUUCAUCCUAUUUAUGUUUGUGUCCUAACAUUGCUAAACGUUUAAGUA